AGCGCCUGGGAGCCCAGCAGGGUACAGUUUCUGUGAGGAUCGGUCAUAAUGUAGCUAUGAUUAAUAAUCCAUCCAAUAAUCUGAAUCGUACUCAUUGAUUGCCGCGUGAGUUCAUCGAGGCUCAUCCUCUCUCUCCUUCCCCCACUUCUUUCCUGAGGAGGCGAGAGCCUUCAGAAUAACACCGCUGGCCGCGAUGAGACGAAUAACAGGAAAGGGGAAGGAUGAAACUUUGAUCGAGCUGCAGAGCGCGACGGAUUCACAGACUGGAGAUGGUCCUGCAGUGUUGACCGCAUUCAGCAUAACCCUGCACUCAGAUGAAAAUGGUGGAGCUAGUGUAAAUUCAUUAUCUGAAAAAUCAGCACUGCCUGGACAUACAGAGACUGACAAGCUGCAACCAAACACAGACACCGUGUUCUUCAGGGAUGGAGUCCGGAGGAUAGACUUUGUGCUGUCCUAUGUAGAUGACAAGGAUGGAGAGAAGAAGCAGGACAGAAGGAGGGAGUUUGAGGCCAACCUUGAGAAGGAAGGACUGGAGCUGGAGACCGAGGACAAAUCGGACUCCAAAGACCAAAAGACAUAUUUCUUAAAGAUUCAUGCUCCGUGGAAUGUACUGGCCACCUACGCCGACGUCUUAAAGAUCAAAGUUCCCUUCAAAACCAGUGAUAUCCCGCACGGCCAGGAUGUCCCACUGGAGUGGCUCUCUCGUCCUUUACGCUUGCCUGAUCACAUAAUGCGUCCCCAACCUGACUACUUCACCUACCCCUUCGACAAGAGCAAGACCGACUUCUUCCUGAUCACUGACAAAGAUACUUUCUUCCCGCCUUCCACAAGAAACAGAAUUGUGUUCUACAUCCUGGCCCGCUGCCCGUACUACAAAGAGGGUCAGAAAGAAAGAGACAAGACGGGAAUCAAGCGACUGCUCAGCAAUGGGACGUAUUCAGCAGCCUUUCCUCUACAUGACUGUCGAUACUGGAAAAGAGCCAGAAACGCUGAGUGUGAGAGUGAGCGCUACAACCUGUACAAGCACUGGGCCGGGUUUCUCUGCUUUUACAAAGAGCAGCCUCUCAACCUCAUCAGGAAGUACUAUGGGGAGAAGAUUGGGAUCUACUUUGCCUGGCUGGGCUUCUACACUGAGAUGCUGUUCUUUGCAGCCGUCAUGGGCCUUAUAUGUUUCAUCUAUGGAUUGCUGAGUUAUGAUGACAACAUUUCAAGUAAAGAAAUAUGUAACGUUGAUAUUGGAGGAAGUAUUGUGAUGUGUCCGCUUUGUGAUAAAAAGUGUUCAUUCUGGAAGCUCAACUCUACGUGUCUCUCAUCCUGGCAAUCCCAUCUGUUUGACAACGAGGGAACGGUUUUCUUUGCCAUAUUUAUGGGCAUUUGGGUAACUCUGUUUUUGGAGAUCUGGAAGCGGCGUCAAGCCCGGCUGGAGUACGAGUGGGACUUGGUGGACUUUGAGGAGGAACAGCAGCAGCUUCAAAUCCGGCCCGAGUUUGAGAUCCGAUGCACUAACAAGAGACUCAACAAGAUCACUCAGGAAAUGGAGCCGUAUCUCCCUGCCACCAGCAAGUGUGCUCGCUUCUGCCUCUCGGCUGCCACUGUCAUAUUUUGGAUUUCUCUGAUCGUGGCCUGUAUCAUCGGGGUCAUAGCAUACAGGCUGGCUGUGCACGCUGCCUUUGCAAGUAUCAUUAAAGACCCCAUGCGCAAGAUCCAGUUGGUGGGCAGAUUCAUCACUCCACAGCUAGCGACGUCCGUCACCGCCUCCUGCAUCAACUUUGUCAUCAUCAUGAUCCUCAACUUCUUCUAUGAGAGGGUGGCUGUGUGGAUCACUAAUAUGGAAAUCCCAAAGACCCACCUUGAGUAUGAGAACAGGCUGACCAUGAAGAUGUUCCUCUUCCAGUUCGUCAACUACUACUCAUCGUGCUUCUACGUGGCCUUCUUCAAGGGGAAAUUUGUUGGUUUUCCUGGCGAGUACACAUAUAUGUUUGGCAGAAGAAGCAAACUGAGGAAUGAGGAGUGUGACCCUGGAGGCUGCCUGAUUGAGCUGACCACACAGCUGGUGAUCGUGAUGUCAGGAAAACAAAUCUGGGGGAACAUUCAGGAAGCGCUGCUGCCGUUGAUGCGUAACUGGUGGACGAGCAGAAAGGGGCGGCGCCAUACUGAGUACCAUAACAGCCGGUGGGAGCAGGACCACGUCCUGCUGAACUUCAGCCAGCUGGGAUUGUUUUAUGAGUACCUGGAGAUGGUGGUCCAGUUUGGUUUCAUCACAUUGUUUGUGGCCUCCUUCCCUUUGGCUCCGGUGCUGGCUCUGUUCAACAACAUCCUGGAGAUCAGGGUGGACGCCUGGAAGUUCACCACCCAGUUCAGGAGACCGGUAGCGUCUAAGGCCCGAAACAUCGGAGCGUGGCAGGAAAUCCUCAAUGCGGUGGCCAUUUUGUCUGUCGUGACCAACGCUUUCAUAAUAGCGUUCACCUCCGACAUGAUCCCCCGGAUGGUGUUCCUGUAUGCCUACAAUGACGAUGCCGGCAUGAGGGGAUACGUUAACAACAGCCUGUCAAUAUACAACAUCUCCCAGAUACCUCUGUACAACAUGCCCGAGGAACGAGGCGACUGGUUUCAGAACUCCACCACUACCUGCAGAUACCGCGACUACCGCUACCCUCCAGGCCACCAGAAGGAGUACACUCACACCAUGCAGUUCUGGCACAUCCUGGCAGCUAAAAUGGCCUUCAUUAUCAUCAUGGAGCACGUUGUGUUUGUGGUCAAGUUCUUCGUGGCGUGGAUGAUCCCAGACAUCCCUUCAGACGUGAAGGCUCGGUUUAAACGAGAACGCUACUUGAUUCAAGAGUACCUGCAUAACUACGAGGUGGAGAGCGUCAAACUCCAGCUGAGUGCCAGUUUCAUCACAGAGCCGCAGUCAGAGCUGUCCUUGAUGACAGACGAGCAUGAAGUGUUGUCUGAGUGCCUGUCGCCUUGAGCUUUGAGCCACAGACGGACGGAGAGCGUCCGUGUACGAGGGUUUCUGUCUUUGGGCUAAAUAACGCUGUUAUCUUUUUUUGUUGAAUGGACUCCUAUAUUAGGAUGCAACACUUUACUUUGCUUAAAUCUGCUUUUUGAGUGGAUAAAACAUUCCUGUGCCAAAAAAAAGAAAGUGGGAACAGCAAAGAGCAAAAAGAUUGAACGUUCAGUCUUCAUCAUUCCCCAUGUAAUGUAUUCUCUGUGUGUAAAGUUUGUGGUGUUGAACAUGUGACAUUAUAUGUAAUUACCAUUUCAAGAGUUGGCUAUGAUAUCAUUAAUAAAAUGUUCUGCAUGUGAUUCUUCUAAUUAGAAUUCAAGAAGAAGGACUUGACUGUUUAGAAAAGAAAAUAUGUGGCAGUUAAAAAAAUAUUUGUUGUUAAAAAAAAUCAUAUCAUUUUAAAGAUAUCUUAUAUCAUAAGCUUUUUCUGUCAUGUAACUAUUAAUUUAAACUUACAACACUGCCUUUUUAAAUUGGUAGCUACAGAAUGUUAAACUCCUCUAAUCUAUAGCUGGUCUAUGAAGAUUGUCAGUUUUGUUAUUGGAGGAAUUUUAGGGAAAGUCUCUUAAAGUCUGCAUUUUAAAACCAAGAGCCUCCAUCAUAACAAAGAGAAGUGUGGGUAUCAACCUGUGUUCGUAACAAGGUGAGACAGCAGUUGCAAACUUGUGCAUCUCACCUUUUAAAUGUAUUUCCAACUUGCUGCAUGACUCAUUAGAAGAUUUCUACCAGGAGAAAAGACGACAGAUUUUCUAUUUCAAUACAAUCAGUUUAUGUGUCUGAGUUGAGGUCGAUCAUGUGGGGACCUUACUGCUCCUCUUGUUACACAUAGAUAAUAAACAGCCUAUAUUUCUGUUUUUAGAUGUUCCCAUUAUUGGUGUCUACAUACCGUAGGCAUAAACUAUUAUAACCGUCGUUUCAUGAUAAACAGAAAGGAGAAGAACUUCUUCUCCCCGUUGGGAGACAUGUGAGUGAGGAUUUCCGUGAGGGACUUUUCGUAACUGGUUCAUACUCUGUGGUUACCAAUGAGUUCCUGUAAAUAUAAAUAAUAUAUCAUCUAUUUAAAUGGUUGCCAUACAAUUAGCUAAUUAAUCUGCUUCUGCUCGGUCGCCUGAAGCUUGUGUAUUUAGAGUUAUUCAUCAAUAUUUGCAAGACCUGAUAUCUUAUUUAGUACUUCUAUUGCCUUAUAAACAUUGAGUAGCGUUAAUUCAGACAAUUAUUCAAGCACAUUAUAUUCAAUAAAUUGCUACUUUGUUAAGCGACCAGUGUGGUGAAGAAAAAAGAAGGUUUUAUUUCUUCACAGUAGAUCUGUCUUAUUUAAAGCCAUACAGGAUCACUUUGUAUCAUCUUCAGCUUAACGUGUAUAUAUAACAGAAUAUGUUUUACUGUAAAUGAUGCAGUUGUGAUUUCAGAUAUCAGCUAAUUAUAUUUCACAAUCAAAAACUAAGCCUGAACUAAGCCUGAACUAAGCCAUCUCAGGAUUAGACAUCUGCUCAUGUUUGCUGAGCGUCUCUUGUUGAUAAAGUAAGCAGAUGUCAGUUGGUGUAGAGCGUCUUCCUGCAGCAUGCAUGAUGUAUUUCUCAACAAACAAAUGCCUUAAACCUCUGUGUUUAUCUGUUUUUGUAUGAUUUUGUAACAACAAAGUUUCCUAUCUGAAUUCAAAACAUGUUGCAUAAAACAUGUUGCUGCUGCUAGUCAUUGCAAAGUAGUGUCUUUUUAUUGCGUGAAUUGGUGUAAAAAUGGUCAGUUAUAUUCUAAGUUCACUGCAGACGAUUGUACAUAAAUGCAGAUAUAAUAAAGAAAUAACAAGUUAUA